AUGAACGCCGCCGUCCGCUGCUCCCGCCCGCCUCCCCCCGCCGACGACGCCCCCCGCCGGGCGCUGCAGGCCGCCAUGGUAGUCUGCCUGGUGUUGCUCGCCGCCGAGGCCAUCGCCGCCGCCGUCGCCCACUCCCUCGCCCUCGCCGCUGACGCCGCACACAUUGCCAGCGAUGUACUCGCCAUCGCCAUCGCCCUACUCGCAACGCAUGCCUCCGCGUGGCCGCCAACCACCACCGGCACCUACGGAUGGCGUCGCGCAGAGGUUGUCGGCGCACUUUUAUCCGUCGUCACAACAUGGGGACUCGUCGUGUGGAUUCUUAUCAGCGCUCUGGAGCGAGGCGCGGAAGUUAUCCAGUGUGCAACAGACCCGGGGAGACGUGAUUGUGAACCUAUCAAUGCAAAAAUUAUGGCGAUCAUCGGUAUCUUUGGUAUGUCUAUGAACGUGAUUUUGGCCCUGGUGCUUCAUGGCGGGGCACAUGGUCACAGUCACGGUACACUUGCCACAAACACCAUGCACCACGCACAUAAUCAUAGCCACAGCCAGAGCCACAGCCAUAAUGAAGAUCAUAACCAUAGUCAUAAUCAUAAUCAUGAUCAUGAUCAUAACCAUAGUCACGGUCAUCAUCAUGAUACUCAUAGGCAUGCAUAUGGCGGUGAAGGAAGUGAUGGCUUGGUCGAUGUGGUUAUUGAGCCAGAUACAGCGGGUUUUUUGGUGGGAUAUUCAGACAUGGAGAGGGAUGAGGAUAUGGAGACUGUGCAUUCACUGAUGCCAGAGACCCAUUCCCAUAGUUAUGAGUCUGAUAAUAUGAAUAUACGGGCAACCAUGCUACAUGUUUUUGGUGAUUGUCUACAAUCUUUAGCAGUUAUUCUAGCCGCAUGUGUUAUGUGGAUUGGAAAUGUCUGGACUAAGGGUUACUACAUUAGUGCACAUAGCUACUACAAUCUUGCUGAUCCUAUAUUGUCUUUCGUAUUUGGUAUUAUUACUAUAUUUACAACAACUAGCUUAUUCAAAGAAGUUGUCUCAAUUUUGCUGGAAGAAGUACCGGCGUCCAUUGACUAUACAAAUUUUUAUAAUGAGUUGAUGCGGGUACCAAAAGUCUGCGACAUUGAGGAUCUGCAUAUUUGGUCUAUAGGGCCAAAUUUUAAUAUUCUCUCUGCCCACCUCUGUGUUAAGGAUUGCUCAAGCAUGAAAGAAGUUAAUUAUAUUGUUAACAAAGCCACAUCAAGGUGCAAAGAAUUAGGGAUUACGCAUACAACUAUUCAGUUAAAUCACAAAACUACGGUAUCAGUAAAUGAAGUAUCCUGA